AAGUGGUAAAAAUUAACAAGAAAUUAAGCAAAUCGUUGAAAGAAAGUGGACUCCCAAAAUUCACACCCUCUCAGAGUCAGAGAGAAGCCGAAGAUUCCCCCUCCCCAGCUAGCUGUCUUUGAGAGAGAGAGAGAGAGGGAGAGAUGGAGGAGCGAAAGAGAUAGAAAUUCGUGCUUACCCAAACACCAAAAAUCAAUUUGACUAAUUGUCCCCCUCUCUGAUUGUAUCUAUUUCUCUUUAUCCGGUUUUUACACUAACCUUCAAAUUGUGGUGGACACUGGAAAUCUUUGACCAGAGAGAACUUCUGUGAUUGGACAGCAUGGGUUGCGCUGGAUCGCGUGAUAAAGUAGAUGAAACUUCAAAGAAGAUACGAAAGCCAAAGGCAUGGAAGCACUCAGAAGCAAUAACCAGAGCACAGCUGAUGCAGAUGCGUGAGGAGUUCUGGGACACUGCUCCGCACUAUGGUGGUAGGAAAGAGAUCUGGGAUGCUCUCCGGGCUGCAGCUGAAGCUGAUUUGACUCUUGCCCAAGCUAUUGUGGAUAGUGCUGGCGUUAUUGUUCAAAAUCCCGACUUAACAAUCUGCUAUGAUGAAAGAGGUGCCAAAUAUGAGUUGCCCAAAUAUGUUGUGAGUGAGCCUACAAAUCUGAUUCGUGACAGUUGAAAAGAUAUCGUAUCACAGGGACAGUAUAUGUGUAAAUUGGCCUCGUUGUGAUUUUUGUUUCAAAAUUCAUCACCCCCAUUUAAAAUCAUGCUCAAUUGCAAAUUUUCAAUGUGCUGAACAUCUGGUAUGAAGCUCUUGCCAUUUCUACAUUAACCACACCCACCUAAUGCUCUCUCUUGGCUUAUGUUUACUAUAGUCAAAAGGAUAUAUUAGCACUUAUAUUCGACAGCAAAUGAAGCUGCUUUAUUUUCUCUAUUCA